CUUGUUCUUUCUUUUCUUUCCUUUUUUUUUCUUAUAAAUAUUUCCAAUUUCACGACUGAUCUUCUUUCUUGUGCAUUUCCUACUUUCAUAUUCCUUACUUUUACGAAGCAAAUCAACCAUGUAUCGCCUAGCUUCACUUGCAAGAACUGGUUGGCAUGCCACUACUCAUAAUCCCAUGCUGCAACGACGCGCAUAUGCCGCUGCUGUACAGGGACCUGUUAUUGGUAUCGAUCUCGGCACGACCAAUUCAUGUGUUAGUGUCAUGGAAGGAAAGAACCCACGUGUCAUUGAGAACGCAGAAGGUGCUCGCACUACACCAUCAGUCGUUGCAUUCACAAAGGACAAUGAAAUGGUCGUAGGCCAACCUGCAAAACGGCAAGCUGUUGUUAAUCCCGAAAAUACUAUCUAUGCGGUUAAACGUUUGAUUGGACGUCGGUACGAUGAUCAGGCAGUCCAGCACGAUAUCAAAACAGUUCCAUAUAAGAUUGUCAAGGCCGACAAUGGCGACGCCUGGGUAGAAGCUCGUGGUAAAAAGUAUUCGCCCUCUCAGAUCAGUGCCUUCAUCCUUGGCAAGAUGAAGGACACCGCGGACGGAUAUCUCGGUAAAAAGGUCAAGCAUGCUGUCAUCACUGUCCCCGCCUAUUUCAACGAUGCUCAGCGUCAGGCAACCAAGGAUGCAGGAACCAUCGCUGGCCUGGAUGUACUUCGUGUCAUCAACGAACCUACGGCUGCAGCUCUAGCAUUUGGCCUCGACAAGACCGCAGACAAGACCGUGGCUGUAUAUGAUCUAGGAGGAGGUACCUUCGAUAUUUCGAUUCUAGAGAUCCAAAAUGGUGUCUUCGAGGUCAAGUCUACGAAUGGUGAUACCGCACUCGGUGGUGAGGAUUUUGAUGCAACGUUGGUCAAAUAUGUCACCAAUGAAUUCAAGAAGGACCAAGGUAUUGAUCUUUCGAACGAUCGCAUGGCUAUUCAGCGUAUCCGUGAAGCUGUUGAAAAGGCCAAGAUUGAACUGUCAAGCACGGUUCAGACAGAUAUCAAUUUGCCAUACAUUACUGCUGACGCUACUGGCCCCAAGCAUAUCAAUUUUAAGAUGACGAGAGCCAAGCUGGAGGAGCUUACCAAGGAUCUGAUUAACCGUACGAUCGAGCCCUGCAACAAGGCCAUCAAGGAUGCGGGCGUCAAUGUGAGGGACAUUGAUGAUGUUGUGCUUGUUGGAGGCAUGUCUCGAAUGCCAAAGGUGAUUGAGACUGUCAAAGAGAUUUUUAAGCGAGAUCCUGGCAAGAGUGUUAACCCUGACGAAGCUGUCGCUAUUGGUGCGGCCAUCCAAGGAGGUGUCUUGGCAGGAUCAGUGACUGACAUCCUAUUGCUAGAUGUGACCCCUCUGUCACUGGGCAUUGAGACCCUGGGAGGGGUUUUUACUCGACUUAUCAACCGCAAUACCACUAUCCCUACUAAAAAGUCUCAGAUCUUCUCGACUGCAGCAGAUGGGCAAACCCAGGUUCAGAUCAGGGUCUUCCAAGGCGAGCGUGAGCUUGUACGUGACAACAAACUUUUGGGUGAUUUUAACCUCCAUGGUUUGCCUCCAGCGCCCAAGGGUGUCCCACAAAUCGAAGUUUCCUUUGAUAUCGAUGCGGACGGUAUCGUGAACGUAGGCGCAAAGGACAAAGCUACAGGACGUGACCAAUCUAUGUCAAUCGUUGCAUCAUCAGGUCUUUCUAAAGAGGAGAUUGAGAAGAUGGUGGCCGACUCUGAAAAGUUUGCAGAGGCGGAUCGUAAGAAGAAAGAGCAGAUCGAGGCCAUCAACCAUGCAGAGUCUGUAAUUUCGGAGACAGAGAAGAACAUGGAUGAAUUCAAGAGUCAGUUGGAUUCUUCUGAGGCUGAGAAGAUCAAGGGACAGAUUACGAAGCUGCGUGAGACUUUGGCCAAGGGUGACAGCUUAGAAGCCGAGGAAAUCAAGAAGGAGGUAACGGAUUUGCAGCAGGGAAGUCUCAAGUUGUUCGAGAUGGUAUACAAAAAGAACGCCGGUGGUGAUGGUGGCUCUGGAUCAUCUGGCUCCCCUCAAGAUGGUCCCACAGUUGACAACACUCCACCCAAGAACUAAAGCAUUAUCAUUGCUUCACACUAGCUUAUUUUAUGUGACAGUGUAUGUGUUUACGCUCUAGGGUGCUGCGCGAAGAAUAUGUUGUUCCACUAAGAUAAAGAAUUGUAAAUACAUAAUAAACAACGACAACGAUGAGCAAAU